AUGGAAAAAUCGCUGGGGGCCGUUGAUCUGCGACAGGACACAUUAGAGAAACGAAUGAAGGAGGUAGAAAACCAAAUAUCUGUAACAGCUANCAAGAUGGGAUUGCUCAAUUCCAGUGUUGGAAUAGCUGAGUUCUUCAGCCGAGUUCCUUUGGCAUUGAAGGAUUCAGGAGUGAACGAUCGAGACCGCGCGACCACGCAUAGGCGGGACGGCGGCGGCGUACUGGUGGCCGUGCUGCGCGUGCACCGUGCCGCUACCUGCUCGCCGCUGCCCCCCUCUGCGUCCCUCGCGUUCCCUCCCGUAAUCGAUCAGAUACUCUUAGAACUAGGCGUAGGGAAUUCUCGAUAUAUUAUUGGCGCAUUAUACGUGCCCCCUCAAGUAAAUAACGAGUAUGGAAAGUCGCCAGAAUCACACCAGUACACAAAGCCGGUUCUAAGAAGGACGUCGCAAACUAUCNUGAUUCCCUGCGCGCAGGAUUCCUCACAGAUAUACGACUGCAACGUGCGGCUGCUGUUCAGGCUACACGCCGCAUUACCGGCUGACACCCUCUCCGGGCAUAGGGAGAGGAUUCCUCACAGAUAUACGACUGCAACGUGCGGCUGCUGUUCAGGCUACACGCUGCCUUACCGGCUGACACCCUCUCCGGGCAUAGCAACAACACCGGACCACCUUGACGCUUUCGAAGCGCGAACUACGCCGUCGCCGCAGCCCGACCCAGUUGUGGAGCGUGACAGGCUCAUUGAACACCUUCAGAACGAGCUCAAGAGGAUGAGGAACGAGAUGGUAGAAGAACGUAACACAAUAGUGACUACGGCCAGAGAACAGUAUACGCGUCUUGGGAUGGAACUGAGAGAAGCUAAGACUGCAUUAGAAGAAGAACGACAACGAUCCAGAGUGUUAUUAGAACAAACCCCCGAAAUAAAGCAAAAACUAUCAGAAACAGAAGAAAAGGCCAGAGUAACAGACGAGAAGUUCCAAAAAUUAAAAGGGGCGUACACACAGUUGCGAGAAGAACAUAUCACACUUAUUAGACAAAAAGCCGAGGUGGACAAGCUAUCGGCUGGCCUGAGGGCGGCGGCGGCGCAGCACGAAAGCGCCAAAGUCGCGCUGCAGCAGCAACUAAAUGACAGGAUGAAGGACGUAGAGUUGCUACAACAAAGUGCAUCAACAAGCGAAGAAGUCGAAGCAUACAAAAGCGAACUAACGAACCUCCGGUCCGAACUGGAACAGUCCAGACAAAAGGAGGUCGAGCUAGAAACGCUACGAGCCUCCAUAGAGGCGUUAGAAAUAGAAAACAAAACCGCGAAGGCCGAACAAGAGGUCAAACUCACGGCUCUCACCAACGAACUAAAAGAAACGACGGAGGCAUUAGAAAAAAUAAAACAAGAAAAAGAUGAAAGAGAAAACGAACUUAGUAAAACAAAAGAAGAAUUAGUGGGGCUUAGAGAAAAGAGCACGGAUCAGUAUAAGGUCGUGGUGGAAGAGAAAGAGGCGGCGGAGAAACGAGUCGCUGAAUUGAUACAGCAACAUCAACAAGAGAAAGAGGAACAGAUAGUUUGCAUAAAUAAGAUGCAAGUAGAGCUAGAAAAUUUACAACAAAAAUUAACAGUUUCGGAAAUAGACUUCGCACAUCAAUCCCAACAAUUAAAAGACGAGAUAGAUGCUAAAAAUAAAGAAAUUGAGAACAUAGUUAAUACAAAAGAUAUUGAAGUAGAACAAGCACUGGGAAAAAUUACGAUCUUACAAAAUGAUUUAGAAACCAGAAAGAACAAUUAUGAUUUGAAAGUAGAAGAACAGUCUGCAGAAAUUGCAAGGCUCACAAACGAACUAACUAUUUAUAAACAAGAUAGUGAUUCCAUGACAAAGGCAUUAGCGGCUGAAAAAGAAAACAUUGAAAUAAAAUUAAAUGAAGCAUCACAGAAAAUUGAACAUUUAGAAAAAGAAAUCACAGAAAAAGCUGAUGUUUUGUCAAAAUUAGAAAUAUCAUUAACCGAAACGCAAACGAAAAAUGAAUUCAGCUUACAAGAAUUGGAAAAUAUAAAAAACAAUGAGAUAUCGAAAUUAAAAGAUGAACUGGCGUUCACUUUAGAGAAGAAAGUUGAAUUCGAAUCCAAAGUAAAUACAAUGGGCGAAGAAAUGAAUGAUCUCCAAUCCAAAUUAAAUAAUUACAUUCAAACCAUUGAAGUUCAAAAGACUGAAUUCGAUGCAAAAUAUAAAGAAAAAGAAAUUGAAGUGACUGUACUGAAUGACAAAUUACAAAAUAUAGUAGAGUGCAAGGAUGAAAUCAUAGAAAAUUUAAAGAGUAUGAUUGCCGAAAAAGAUAAACAAGUGAUUGAUCUUAAUGUAGAAGUUACAAAGCUUUCUGAAACAGUUCAGCGGCUUGAAGAAGAACUAAAAGAGACGCAAGCAGAAUUAGAAAUUGGUAGAAACGAAUUUAUAACUUUGAAAGAGGAACACGAUGAUAUUGUUCUCAAAAAUGAAAGCAACUUAGCUCUAAAGAAUAAAGAAUUCAGAGAUCUCACUAACGAAAACUCUAAAAUUAGUACCGAGUUACAAGAAUUAAUAACAGAAAAGGCAAAUCUCAUGCAACAAAUCAGGGAAGAAAAACAGGAUUUUGAAUUAACCAAAAAAGGUAUGGAAGAGGAAGUCAAAACUUUACAAGACAAAUAUGAAGCCGUUAUCAAUGAAAAGGAAACUCUAGUCAAUUCUCUAAAUUCUGAUAUAGAGAAUAUCAAAUUGGAAUAUGAACAAUUUAAAAUUGAAAAAGAAAAUGAGAUAAAAACAUUAAACGAGAAAGUUUUAGAACUAGACGCAGUUAUGACUCAGCAAAUUCGUGAAAAAGAUGACAGUAUAGAUAAAUCGGAGUCAGAGAAUAAGAUACUGAAGGAAGAGUUAGAGGAGUUAAGAAGUCAAAAGUUAAAGGAAAAGGAAGAAAUGGAUUUAAUUAUAUCAGAGAAAGAAAAAGAAAAGCAGAUGUUGGAAGCUAAAAUAGAGCGUGUGGAGGGCCAACGAUUGAAUGCUGAGUGUGAAUUACAGGAUUUGUUACAACAUAACAACAUAUUGGAAGUGGACGUUGCAUCGCUCAAAAAGCAGCUCGAGGAAGCCAAGAAGGAGUUGGAAAAACAGAGCACAAGGAUAGUGUUGUGUGCCGGAGACGCGGCUUUGGAAGUGACCUCUGAAGCGCUGACAGCGCUGGACGCGUGCAACGCGCAGGAGUCCAACCGGGCGGCGGCCGAGCUAGCGGCUAAAGCGCUGGAGGAUCUCGCCAGAUACAACGAGGUAAAAGGCAACGAGGAGUCAUUGGCGAGAUCAGCUAUGCUGGCCGCGCACAACGCAGCACAACUCUCGGUGUAUGCUACCGAAGUCUCCAACUUAUCCACGGAUAUAUCGUUAGCUGACAAACUCACGUCAGACUGCAGGACAAUGUUGACGGCCACAAAGCAAUGGAUCGAGUCGUUGAAGAGUGGUAGUCCAAGCAGCGCGUCUUAUGAAGAAGCCCGCGAGUUGGUUCUUAGUGUAGCGGCGGCGGCGGCGGCGGCCGGGCGGCCCGCGGGCGCUCUUAGUGUGGACGAUGAGCUGGCUGGCAUGGACCAGGCUAUCGAGGAAGCCGCUUCGCAGAUUGAGGAAAUGCUGGCAGCCAGUCGCGCUGGCGACUCGGGCGUGAAGCUAGAAGUGAACGGCAAGAUCCUGGAUGCUUGCACUACUCUAAUGGCCGCCGUCAAGCUGCUGGUACAAGACGCUCGGGCCUUGCAGACCGAGCUCGGGGACCCCAAGACGCGUCUCAAGAUGUACCGGAACAACCCGCAGUGGUCCGAGGGGCUGAUAUCCGCGGCCAAGGCGGUGGUAUUCGCGGCGAAGCUGUUGGUGUCAUCAGCGGACGAGGCAGUAGGCGCGGCAGGACGACUAGAAGGCGUGAGCGCGGCCGCGCACGAGGUGGCCGGCAGCACGGCGCAGCUCGUGGCCGCGUCCCGCGCGCGCGCGCCGCCCGCCUCCGCGCCGCUGGCCCGCCUCACGCGCGCCUCGCGCUCCGUCGCCGCCGCCACCGGCGCCGUCGUCGCGGCCGUGCGCGCCGGCUCCGCGCUGCGCCACGACACAGAGGCUCUGGACACAUCAGCGCUGACGCUGACAGCCACGCGGCGACUGGAGAUGGAGAGCAAAGUUCGCGCUUUGGAACUGGAAAGCGCUUUAGACGCGGAGCGCGCGCGCCUGGCCGCGCUGCGCAAGCGGCACUACCACCUCGCGCAGGCCGACGAGAAUGGAGGUAUCACCAACGGAAAGGAAUGAGCGAUUCGCAACGUUUUAUCGGAUGAUCCCCUUAUCAGCUAAACAAAGUCGUGGGACGGAUAAUGAAACAUCACUUAUCAACGGCUAUCUAAAGGUAGACGCCUCCUAAUUGUGCAUUUGAUUCAAACGAAACAUUCUAAAUUGCAUUUUUAUACAUACAACGAACUUCAUAGUAUAUUUAAACGCAUGAAUCUUGUAAACGGUCUGCCAGAAAGGAAAGCUGAGCCAUAAAAAUCUGAAAUAAGACAAUUUAAUGCUUGUGGAUUUACAAUUUAAUGCGCAUUUUGGUGUGAUCUAGCUGCUCAAUCAAUAAACAAGCACCUAUUUUAUUGGAAAUAAAGCCCCUUUUUCUUUAUGUUUGAGAGUAAGUGAUUUUAUAACAUUAAGAUGGUGAGAUGGAUAGGCUGAUGGUUCAUGUAAUAAUAAUUAUGGUUUAUAUGAACCUUGUGGCUCAUGCAAUUUAUUAUGUAUUUUAACGUGUAAUGAGAGAACACCAACAUAACUAAUUAAUUAGAAUGUGAUUAGAUAAUGCCGUGUUAGUUAUAGUUUUAUAAAUUACGCCUAAGUAUAGACAACAGUACAUAAAAUAUCAUUUUGAUUUAUGGCAUGCCACUUUGACUCUCAACAACACGCUUUUCUAGUUUGGUACCUACAGUAAUAAUUCCGGGCGUAUGAAAAUUUGACAGAACGUAAGUCGCGCGGAUAAUAAUUCAUAUUUUUUGUAACUUAACGCAAUAGACGUCUGCCCUACAGUUGCAUGUGUUGAGUCAAGACUGUAAGUAAAUAAGUACCUUAACUACACUAGGGUAAAAAUGAAGCAGCAUAUGGCCCAAUCACGUGGAAUGUCCAGGAGAUAGUGUACUCUCAUUCUUAUAGCUAGUGCUAUCAAUGUCAGCGGCGUAAAAUGUGGCAUGGUGCGGAACAAACGUACUAUCGGCAACAAUGUUAACUACCCAUUGCCGGUCAAGUCGUCUCUUUCUACCGCAAAUAAUCACCAUUUGAUGAGAGCGAGAGCAAAAAUGGAAAUGGAUAGUUAACACUGUGGCCUUGUGUACAGCGACAGCACGUCAAAUUGUAAAUUUUUGUUGCGAAAUAGCAUCUACCACAACUAAUUAAGAUGCCGGUUUGAACACUGCACUGUUUCGCAUCAUGGCUAGGGACAUUGUCCCCUAAUAAUCGAGGUUUUAUAACGUUGGGCAUACAUGCCGGUAAACUGUAUUUUAUAUCCCCACGAAAAUUUAGCACUAAGAGUAAAUCACGAGACUAAGCUUUAAGCGAUAAGACUAAGUUUGCAAAUCGUGAAUUGUGUUUAUAUUGUAUAGAAAUAUUUUAUAUCUAAUUUAACUUAAUUAUUUACACCGUUUUUAUUACAUGUAGAGUUUUAUAGCCUUAAUUUAGAAAUGUGUGUUAGGUAAGCAAUUAAUGCAGUUAUCAAAAUCAUGUUAUAAGCUAUGACAAACUGAUUGUUCAAUACAAUA